AUUGCUCGUGGAGCGAUGGCUGUGAUGGAACACGAAAAACGGAAUUCACUCCGCCAAUUCCCACUGGUGUUUUCUGUCCUUCGAUGACUCAACAUCUGCCACUGGAUUCAUUCGUAUUUCUAACACGUGUUUAUUUAUACAAUAAAAAGCGAGCAUUUGUUCGAGGACCUGUGAUCGCCAUUUCCUGCUAUAACUACAGAGAAAAGAGCGGAAUUCAUAUAAACUUUGCCAAAUUCUUGAAGGAAUUUCGUUGCAAAUUUAGCAAGUUCAAAAGUGCCUCAAAAGUUUGGGUGACAGUGUUUUGAAAUUUUUUACCAGGAAAUCUAUACUAUGAAGAUUUCAAAUCUUGCGGAUCCGAGUGAGAUCAAGAUGGAUGGAGAAAAUGUGAGAUUCUAAUCAACCUAAAUGUUACUCGAGAUCUGCUCGAGAAAUAUGGACGUGGAAUUGGUGGCUCGGACCUCCCUCUCAUCUCUUCACAUGGUGGACGAAAAUCUCAUUAUCUCACCCAAUAAUCUUGAUGGCUGGACCUGGACUAGCCUUCGGAAAGAAUUCAAGUACAAGAGCUUGGAGAAGCUCUAUACAAUAUACCAGAGGAGGAUUCAAAAUGGGUAUCUUUCGCUCUUCGUCCUGCUGCAGCUGCUGCUUGGCGUCGCUCAUUGCACGAUAUUAAUUAGAAUGGCUAGUAUACAGAAAUCUUUGCCGGAUUUGGUGACCUACAGUUUGGUGGUGGCACUGCUGUGUCCGGUAAUAGCACUUUCCUUCAGGACUAAGCUGAUUGCUAAGAAAACAUAUCUUCCGGUCGUUUUGUCAUGUUUGAUUGUCGCCCUUCUCGUAAUCGGCGAUUUAGCCGUGCCUUUUUACUACACUUUUACUUGUGCGGAGGACAGUCCUGCGAUAAGACCUGCGUAUGCAACUCAUGCACUUUUGGCCUGUUACAUCUUCCUACCUCUAACAGAAAAUCUGCACGCUUUUAUUUUGGGGAUGACAACCACAUUUUCUUAUCUGACAAGCCUAUAUCUUAUCACAUACAGAAACAUGCCAGAUGUGAAGAGCAGGAUGAUUACAGACAUAAUAUACUUUGCCAGUGUAAAUGGCCUAGGAUUGUACUUCAGGUUUAUGAACGAGGUCGUUAUCAGGCGGUCGUUCCUAGAUCGAAGAAAAUGCGUCGAAUCCACUCUCAGGCUCAACUACGAAAAGGAUCAAGAAGAGCAACUUACUCGAAGUAUUUUGCCACCUCACUUUGCAGCAAAGAUAAAAAAAGACUUUCGAGAUAUAUUCAAAUUUAUCGAGCAGCACAAAAAACCGCCUCCAAAGGGAAGACAGCACAAUGAUCUCUACGUCGAAACGCACAACAAUGUCAGUAUUCUUUACGCAGACGUGGUGAAUUUUUCUGGACUGACUGUAACUUUACCAGUAAAAAAAUUGGUUGAGACACUAAAUGAUCUUUUUGGAAGUUUUGAUGAGGCUUCAGAAAGACAUAAUGUGCUCAGGAUUAAAUUUUUGGGCGAUUGUUAUUAUUGUGUCAGUGGGGUACCAACUCCAAACUCUCAGCAUGCCAAAAGCUGUGUAGAUCUCGGUCUGGACAUGAUCAAAAUCAUCAAGGGAGUAAGAGCGCGAGUGAAACGAGAAAGUGGAGUUGAUGUGAAUAUGAGAAUUGGAGUGCAUUCUGGAAAGAUAAUAUCAGGAAUUCUAGGUGCCAAUAAGUGGCAGUAUGAUGUUUGGUCACGCGAUGUAGUUAUAGCCAACAAAAUGGAGCAAACAGGAAAACCUGGUAAAGUUCACGUCACACAACAAACUCUCGAUCUUCUUGAUGCCAGUCAAUAUGACUGUGUUCCAGUUGAAACUCUAAAUGACGAAACUCUUAAAAAAUACGGAAUCACCAAGAGCUACCUGAUCACACCUUCGUUACCAGCUUCGCCAGUAACGCAGAACAGCGAGAACCCCUUGACACUUUUGGCACCAAGUACUCCACCGGCUUCCAGCAAACAUUAUGUAAGAUGGGUCAACGUUCGACCAAGCACGACGGUUGGACCUUCUUCGAGAAGUACCAGAAGACUCACUUCGACCAUGAACAAUCAUGCUGAUGUAUAUGCAAGUAGCUUUCGCCGUAGAACACAUUUUAUGGAUUCUUGUCUCAAGGAUUAUCACCUCAUGCUGAAGGCUGCUGAUGCUGAAAUGGAAAACGCCAUCAAGCAGAUGCCUCUCAGCAAAUGGGAACAAUGGUGUAAAUGGGAACAUAUCAACCCUCUCUUUUUGACAUUUCCUGACAAGAGCUGGGAGAUACCUUUUUGGAAAGAGCCUGAUCCUCUUUUCAAAUUUUAUGUUGGCUGUGCAGCUCUUGUUCUGCUCUCUAUGGCUCUCAUAUUCUUAGUGCCCACUUUAUCACUUUCGCACUGGCAUUUGAGUACAUCCUUGGGUUAUAUGGUAGUAAUGCUAUUUUUGAUAGCUUUGUUACCACUCACUUGGAUGCAUUUUGUCUGGAAUAGAUACAAAGAUCCUCAUAAUGAACAUGAAGGACAUGUUCCUCAACCAAGAAAUAAACUUCUGCAUUUUAUGUACCAGACGAGCAUCAAGGUUGUUUGGAGUGCUCUGUUAAGGACAAUACUAUACUUAGUCAUAUCAAUUAUGCUCGUUGCUUGUGCCAUGUUUGAUUUACUGUUCGAGUGUAAAAAUUCUGAUAGGCUUUCAUCAAACAAUGUGACUUCAGACAUUGCAGAAGUCGGGUCAGCGAAUCUCGAUUGUAUGUCGACACCUUGGCAAAUGACAGAAACUUGUUCGUUGGCGAUUCUCACAAGCUUUCUUUUUCUGCGAGUUCACUAUGUUCUCAAGUUGAUAAUUGGUGUUUCGAUAGUCGUUUUUUAUAGCUGGAACAUCUGGUUUCAUCGGGUGUUGAUAUUUAAGUCCGGAGAGACCUGGAGUCCCCAUCUGGAACCAGGGAUAGCCCACUGUUUGAGUGUGGCGUUUCUGACCUUUUCUUUGCACCUGAUAGACCGUCAGGCAGAGUACUUGAGCAGACUGGACUACCAAUGGAAACGACAACUGACCAAGGAACAGGACGAGGCUUUUCAUACCAGGAACGCAAACAAACUACUGCUUCGGAAUAUCCUCCCAGAACAUGUUGCGGAAUUUUAUCUGAACAUGAAUCGCACAGAGGAAAACGAACUUUAUCACGAGGCACAUGAUAAUGUAGCAGUGAUGUUUGCGUCCCUCUCGGAUUUGUCAAUCGAUGAGAGCAAUAUUUUGGUUGAUCUAAAUGAGAUUAUUUGCGAAUUUGACAAGCUCCUCUUCGAGCCCAAUUUCCACUGCAGAGUUGAGAAAAUUAAGAUAGCUGGUACCACCUAUAUGGCUGCUUGCGGUUUAGAAGCAACAAGAAGAGAUUCCAUGCAUAGUUCUGUAAGUGAAUAUGAUACACAGGAUGAUGUAGUCAAAGUUAUGGCUCAAUUUGCAGUUCAGAUGAUGGCUGUCCUGGACAAGAUGAACACUGAAUUUUUUCCUACUACGAAGCCAUAUGUGCUGAGAAUAGGAAUAUCCCAUGGCGAAGUCACAGCUGGAGUUGUGGGAGCUCAGAAACCUCUUUACGAUAUUUGGGGAGAUGCUGUUAAUAUGGCAUCUCGAAUGGACACCACAGGCACUGCAGGAAGGAUUCAGGUUACUAAAGAAACAGCAGCUGUUUUAGAACAAAAUGGAGUAAAAUGUCACCUCCGAGGCGAGACUUGGGUGAAACCAAAGGGUCUCGUGACGACAUACUUUGUCGGAAUCGAUAACGAAAGACAUCUUCAAGAAGUGGAACCCGUAGAAGAAACUAAUUUAUGACAAAACCGUUUACACCUGCAUCUCCAAAAGCCUUCGAUUGGUCAUUCACGUCGAAAAAGAAGAACAUGCAGGGACCAAAACGGAUGCAAGAAGAGAUCAAAGACAAUCGGAAAACCAAAGAAGGGUUAGAACAACAUUAAAGAAUAAGCAAAAAAUAAUCAUGCGAUUAGCAAACUUGUGAAAUCGGAUUAUGGGGAAAAAGACAGUAUCUUUUUACUAUUAAGGUCAUCCUACUUCCCAAUAGACCGCCACUCCCCCCACCCUCCGACAACCUUGGUUAUCAAAGAGGCUAAAAUCGGCUCUGCAUAACAUUUUCUCUCGCUAAAACGAAGUCCCCUUAAGGCUUUUAAAAAAACAUUCAAAUAUUAAUUUUCAAAACAUGUGUCUGAAUGUUAAAUUUUAUUGCAAUCGUAUUAUACAUAGAUUAAAGUUGUAGCUUUUUUAGGUGUAAAAUUAAAGUAAGAAAACUGCCAUUUGGGAAAAAUCACUUGUGCUCAGCGAUUCAGUUUAAAAAAUUGUUCAAUAAAAUUCACAAGGACUGAACUUCAAAGUGUCCUCAAAGAGACUGACUGAUAGAGGAAUCAGAAUUUAAAAAUGUUUGUUAAGAAAAAUGUUAUUAAUUUUGUUCUGAUGUCAGACGUAAAUUGGAUUUUUAUGUCUUCUAGCAUUUCGUUUAUCUAGAGAACCUAGAGCAGGCAAAAACAUCUCGCAAAAAAAUUCGGAGAAAGGUAUAAUAAAGCUUUUUACACAAUUUUCAUAUAAAACUAUUGAAUAGUUUAGAAAUCGUAAUAAUUUUAGUUUAUUAUUAUCUAAAUUUGUAUAAAAGCCGCCAGAAGACUUAGGUUUUGCUCGAGAAAAUUUUUUGUAACCCUGAUUGUAUUCGAGAACCUCAAUAGUUUGCUGUUUAAUGUAUUUGUGAUUCAAUGGCCUUCUGUUAAGAUACAUGCUCCAGGUUUAGUUUCUCAAAUGCCCAAUUGCAUUGGCAAACAAUAUUUGAGUUUUACUAUCCUGCAGAAGGAAAAAUUUCAUUGACUAUGAAUGUUGCUGACUGAAACGCAGGACUUAAAUUUCGACUGCGGAAUCAUUUUCUCUGAUAUCAGUAAAACACGUUUGGUCCAACCUAAAUUCAAGUAAGGAUUUAGGCAUUUAGUAAUUAUGGGACGCAAGCGUUAAUCAAAAUGGACGAGACUGAAAGUCGGCUCUAAGUACGAUUAUAUAAUGGAGAUUUUCGCACUCUAAUUCAAAUACUGAGCGAUAUACAUUCAUCAAGAGACCUUAUCCCUUGUGUGCACACCCAACUUUAUGCAUGUUGUUACCCACCCGGGGUACCCACCUCCCUUUUCAAUUCUUUGAAAUAAUUAUGGAAUUGAAAUCGUUACCUUGUCCUUUAUUUCAACAAAUAAAUACGAAAAGUGAGUGCCAAAGGCAUAUACUGUAAAACCAACAAAAAACCAAAUCAGUUCACCUGCUGCCCCUAGAUGUUGCCGCACAUACAAGUUAACAAAUAAAAAAUUUAAUUCUUAUUAUAGCUUGAUAAGAAAUUAAUAAUUCACUCAGAGUUGAAUUUUUUUAUGGUGAGUAUCUGGGUAAUCUGCUGAGUGUGUACGCGGCGUAUCUAUGCUUUGAAGUCGAUUAUUUUUGCAAAAAAGAUCUAAAGCGAAAUUUUAAUUGGCACCCGGGUACCCGUGUGUGCACAAAAGGAUUAAUAGCAUCCGAGAAAUAAGUUGUAUCAAUCCAGAAUCGUGUUGAGAAGUAAAUUUUUUACAAGAGUCAAGUCUAAUAUUUAAUUUUCUUUGGAAAAUGUAAUAUCUAACCAAAAUCAUGUGAAAUAAAGGAUUUUCUAAUUUAUAAUAUAGGCUAUUGUAAAUAUUUGUUCGUGUUUUGUUUCUUAAGAAUCUAAUUUUAUUACAAUUUUAUUAUAAUUCUCUAACGAUAUAGAUUAAUUUUGAAAAACUCUAUUCUGGUUUUGCAACUUUAUCUACGAUUGCGAAAUUAAAAUACAAUCUAUAUUUAUGAUCGAUGAUAUUUUCCGUAGAUCACAUCCAGUUUUUCAUGACAUUCCCAAAUCUGUAGUUGUUUUCAUGGACGGAUGGAAGUGAUAACUGUGAAAAUGUCUGUCCGUCUCUCUUAUGCAAAAUCACAUUUAUGAGAUUCAGACGUAAUUAGAGUGUUUCAUUGCUGCGUGAAUAACUCGAUCAAUUGCGGGUAUGUAUAUUUGAUGACAAUAUAACGUUCCAAGACCUUUAUUUUUGUACGAGGCAGGAAAAGAAUGUUUUGCCCGCCCUUCCAGUUAAUUUGUAAAUACCUCUCUGUACAUAUAUUUUUUCAAGUUGUAAAUCUCUCUGACAAGUGUGAUUAUUCCAUAUAAUUAAUAAAGUAUUUAUUAUAGCGUAUGCUGACUAAA